AUGCCCACGGUGAUGCAUUACAAGGCAGUAAAGCAAAUUCUUCGAUAUUUGAAGGGCACCGUGCAGUAUGGUAUUGUGUAUACCAAAGGAGGAGAAACAGAGGUGAUCAUCGACUACACAGAUAGUGAUCUGGCUGGUGACAUGGAUGACAGGAAGAGUAAUGGAGGUAUGACUUUCUACAUUAAUGACAGCUUGGUGUCAUGGAACUCGCAGAAGCAUAAAACGGUUGCUUUGUCUUUCUGCGAGGCUGAGUUUAUGGCAGCAACGGCGGCGGCUUGCCAAGCACUGUGGCUUAGGAAUCCAAUAUUUCAUGGCCGCAGUAAACACAUUGACACCAAGUUUCAUUUCAUCCGUGAGUGCGUUGAAGAAGGCCAUAUUGAGGUAGAUUUCAUCUGCACGGAAGAGCAGCGAGCUAACGCUCUAAUGAAGGCAUUGCCGACGGUGAAGCUGGCGGUCAUGCGACAUCUUUUGGGAGUUUGUGAACUUGACCCACGACAAGAUUAG